UUUAGGACAGCUAGCUAUGCAUCCAAAUCUUACUGAUAUUAAUCUACCUUCACCAAAGAAGAAGUUCAAGGGUUACUACAAAAUUGCACGCCAUUACAAAUGGGCACUCGACCAAAUAUUCCACAAAUUUAAUUACACAGCUGUGAUCAUUGUUGAAGAUGAUCUUGAAUAUUCACCUGAUUUCUUCGACUACUUUUCUGCCACCUACCCAAUACUAAAGGCAGAUCCUACUCUAUGGUGUGUGUCAGCCUGGAAUGAUAAUGGUAAAAUUGGCAUGGUAUCUGAUGAUCCAGAAUUACUGUACAGAUCAGACUUUUUUCCUGGAUUGGGAUGGAUGUUAGAAAAACAUGUCUGGCUUGAACUUAGUCCAAAAUGGCCAGAUUCAUUUUGGGAUGACUGGAUGAGACAUCCAGACCAAAGGAAAAAAAGAGUUUGUAUACGACCAGAGAUUUGUAGGACAAGCACCUUUGGUAAAAAGGGGGUUAGCAAGGGAUUAUUUUUUGACAAACAUUUAAAAUUUAUAAAGCUUAAUGAGAAGCCAAUAGACUUUACCAAGAAAGAUUUAACCUAUUUAAUACAAGAAAAUUAUGAUCCAACAUUCCACCAAACAGUUUAUGGCACACCGUUAGCUUCUGUGACAGAUGUGGUAGCAUUGAGGAAGAAGACACUUCCUGCUUUACGAGUUCAGUACUCAACAAAAGAAGAAUUUAAGUCGGCAGCUAAAACAUUAAAAAUAAUGGAAGAUUUUAAGGCUGGCGUACCUAGAGUUGCUUACCACGGUGUUGUUAGCUUUAUGCGUUCCGGUCAAAGAAUUUAUUUAGCCCCUCCGGAAGGGUGGAAAGGUUAUGACACAUCCUGGACGUGACAACUGCUGAACUUAGUCAUUUAUGUACAAUUGUGUGCGUCUACCAUAAACAGUGAUUGAAAGAGUUAUUUUAGUUACAUACACGUAGUUUUGUUUUUGAGCCUGAUUGGUAAACCUACCUAUUUUUAGUUGUUAGGAGAACCACCAUUUUCAGGCCACAGCUGCCAUGUCUAUUACAUGAAGUUCUGUACUCCGUGUGUAGUAUCUUUUUCAUUGUCUGUUAUGUACAAUGAACUAGGAAUCCAUGAUUUGAAAUAAAGCUAUGGUAAAAUUUAGGCAGUAAGUGUUACCCUGUUGGGUAGUUGGAGAUGGCAAAGUUUGCAUCCGUAUAAAUGUUUAUUUAUUUUAUCAGGAACCAAUUUUCAUUUCUAAUGUUAUCUGAUUACUAUAUAUAUAUAUAUAUGCAGCUCACUAGUAAAUAUAUAUUUGUCUUAUUCACCCUUUUCCAUUUUAUAAUCAGUAUAGUUAAGAUGUGACAUGAAUUCAUUUAUAUUCUUGGAUUGAGUCAAUGCAGUAUUAGUAUUAGUAGCUCUACAGACUAGUUAGUAUGCUGUUCGUUUUAUACCGGUAAAUACAGAACAAAGACUGAACAUAUUUACUGCAUAAGAAUUGUAUGAAGUGGUCUUAAAUCAGUCCAAUGGAUGUUACUGAAUUUUUACUGAAUUACAGAAGAAGGCAUAAUAUUUUUUACAUGGUCAUUAAAGUUAAGUUAAGUAAUGCCACUAAAUUUUAUUGUUUUAUUUGAAGUGAGUUGAACUCUUUACAAGAAGGCAUUCUAACUUUGAUGAUCAGGGUAACCACAAAUUUAAAUGUACAAAUAAGGUUUUAAUUGAAAUAGCGUUUGUAAGAGGAAUUUGGCAAACUGCAACAUCAAACAUCAUAGAACAUAAAAGCAUGUGUCUCAAUCCACUAACAUUAGUAUCCAAGAAUAUAAAUAAAUUCAUGCUAUCUUAUUAUCUGCACUAUAUUUUUUGCACUUCAGCUAAUGAUUAUUUUUGCAAUCCACCAGUCCAUUGUAAUAAUUGGUUUGUAGUUCAUUCCCUUUAAUUAACACAAACUUUUAUAUUUAAUAUUUAUGUUUGGAAGUAAAACAGUUGUUAUUGUAUGAGUGAAUUGUUAUGUUUGUUUUCUUUAUGAUUUGUUGUAAUAAUGAUAUAUCUGUAUCGUAUAGAUUGGAUCUUGUUAGUGAUAAGUUAUUGUAUGAAGCUACUUGAGUGAUCUGAGCUUUCUGAGUGAGAGUAUGAGAAUGUAUGUAAUCAUGAGUCAUUUCUGUUGCCUUGGGAAGCAGCAAUAAACAGAUUUUCAUUUAGAAUGUUUCUUAACUACCCCCUCAAUGAUAUUGUUGCUGAGAAAUACCAUCAAUAAUCUAUAAUUCCAUCACAACUAGAAAGUGGCAAUGUUAUUUUAUUAUGUUAUCUGUCAAUCUGUGAUUGAAAAUUUUUGUAAAGAAAUCCAAGGAAUUUUUUAUGCUACAAUUAAUCUUGUAUUGUUUAAUUAUGUACUUGAAAUUUUUUAACAAUUAGCGGUUGUAUCCUUACUAUUAUGAAAAAAGUGAACAGAUAGAAAUUACUGUAACUGACAUUAACAUCAGGUUGCAAGAAUGUUUUUGAAAUUAGAUAUUUUUUCUAAUAAUGAUUCACCCCCAAAAAAUGUCCUGUUUUAUUCAUUCAUACAUAAAAGUCACAUGCACCUUUUCAUUUCAUACAAACAUUAAACUGUGUCUUGCCACCGAGUUAAUGACAUAAACAGUACCACCAUUUCUGCACCUGUAACACAUUGCUAUCAUUAAUGUCUCUUCAGGGCCAAAAUAUGGUUAAAUCCAAAACAAGACCAAAAAUAUAGUCAAAGUCAGGUAACAAAUCAGAGAAUCAAAGCUUUGCAUUGGGGAAAUAUUUUGUAAUAAUUUCCAAAAUUAUGUAACAGCAAUUCUUACAACACUAAAUCCAUAUUUUGAUGUAGUUAUCUAAGUUCUGGGUUAGAGGUAUCAUUACUGGUAUUAACAGUAUAAAGUCUUCUGAGGUAGAUACUUGUUAGUAUGAAUAGAAUGUUACUUUAGUUAAAACUCAACAAUGACAUAUGUUUUAAUUGUUGAUGGAAAUCUACACAUUGUUUUCCUGAUAACUUACCUAUAACAUUCCCAAUUGUAUGUACAUAUGUCUCUCUGUGAUCAUCAUGUGAUUGUCAUGUGAUCGUCAUGUGGCAACAAGAAAGUCUCAAUGUGAUUUUACUGACUAGGUAUAUCUUAUCAGAAAUGUAAUAAAUUUUCAAUUC